AUGAAUAAUGACUUAGAAAGAUUCAUUUCAUUCACCGAAAGAGAUGGAUUUGAUAAAAAUCAAAUACUUGAAAGCAGUUUAUAUCCAUAUUCUUAUUAUGUAUAUUCAUUACUUGAAUUAUGUUGUUAUCAUGGAGCUGUUGAUUGCUUCAAAUUCUUAAGGACUAAAUUCAGCUCAAAAAUAACUCAAAAAUGUCUUGAAUUUUCAUUUUUAGGAGGAAAUCCGGAGAUCAUGAGUGAAUGUUUGAAAUAUCAGAAUCCAAAUACAGAAUGUAUGAAAUAUACAAUUGUCUCGCACAACAUUGAUUUUGUUACAUUCUUGAUGAAUGAACACAAUAUAAAGAUCAAUUUAGAAUACUGCGGAAUUUACAAUAAUCUUGAAUCCUUUUUAGUUUAUUUCGAUCAAACUAAUGAUAUAAACGAAUGUUUUGUUUAUUCACCGAUACUUAAUAUUCCAUCCCUUUUGGAAUACUUCCUUUCACAUGGUGCUAAUAUCAAUGAAAAAGAUAAAAAUGGAAAAACAGCGCUUCAUAUUGCAGCAUGGCGUGAUAAUAAAGAAACAGCUGAAGUUCUCAUUUCACACGGUGCAAAUAUCAAUGGAAAAGAUAAAGAUGGAAAAACCGCACUUCAUAUUGCAGCACGUAAUAAUUAUACAGAAACUGCUGAAGUUCUCAUUUUACAUGGUGCAAAUAUCAAUGAAAAAGAUAAAGAUGGAAAAACCGCACUUCAUAUUGCAGCACGUAAUAAUUAUACAGAAACUGCUGAAGUUCUCAUUUCACAUGGUGCAAAUAUCAAUGAAAAAGAUAUAGAUGGAAAAACCGCACUUCAUUAUACAACAUGA